AAAGACACUAUGAAGUAAUUGUUCAUAAUUUCAAAUAUGAAUUUAUGAAUUUCAUUGAAUGGAUUGAAAAUAUUAAGGAUUAAUAUUCUCGAUUAAUCUAAUUUAUUCUGGUACAAUUUCUUUCUGAAUCGGUUAUCACAUGUAUACGGAUGAUAUAUAUAUUUCAAGCGACGCUUAGAUCGUUUCCAUGGUUAUCCACGCGAUAUCUCAUGGGAUAGAAACUGGUAUAAAAGGUCAUGUGACCGCCACGUUGUCGCGCACAACCGAUUUGUUCAGAAGUCGAAACAACGUAAAUUAAGUCAAUAGCAAUGCCGGAUAGAGGGAGAGGAAAACGGAGAAAUUUGAGAAGCAGACCCGGGGCCAUGGCACAGGAGGGAACAGGGCAGGCAGAAGCGAAUCAAGGCCCAAGAAAACGGCCCAGAGCAGAGAUGGCAGAGCCCUCGAGUAGUGGAGCCGGUCGGGAGAAACGCCGACGACCAGCCAUGGACGACGGAACAGAACCCGAUUCAGACAUAUGGGUCAUCGGGGAUUCCAUCCCUUAUUGGGCCGGCUGCACAGCAUUUGACAUUGGAAUGGAAAACUUUAAGUUGCAAAAUAUAACAGCUGCGUGGUGGUGCAAGAGAGGGAUGAGUUUCGAGUCCUUUACUCACGCCCUACAGCUGCCUUCAAUAUUCCGACACCCGCCAAAGGUGAUUAUUAUUCAUUUGGGGGAAAUGACGUCACGAAACAUUCUUUAAAGUGCAUUUUCCAAAUCAUAAAAGAUGCCUUUGACUAUUUAC